AUGUUGCGUUCCCAACUUCUCCGUCUCACAGCACGACCCAUCAUCUAUCUUCCAAAGCCAACACGGCAAUAUGCGACUGCACCAGGACCCCUUCCAGGACAGGCGGAGCUGAAACAAAAAGCAAAAGGGUCGGAUAACACUCUAGUUUAUAUCGCACUUGGUCUCGCUGCUGCUGGUGGAGCGUAUUUCUACUUCAACAAUCCUCAGGACACCAACGCGAAGGCUAAUAGGGAGCAAAUUAAACAAAAGGGUGUGGAAACUACGGAAGCUACUAAAUCGAGUGACGAUGCAUAUCGCCAGGCGAAGGCACAGGGUCAAAGUAAAAUAGACUCUGCGCGUUCGAACAUUGACGAUGUGGCUGGCGAUGUUGCAACGCGUGCACAAGGUCUCGAAGAGAAUGCGGAAGCAAAAUACAGCACUGUCAGGGAUUCAACCAAGGAGUCUCUCGCAAAAGCACGAGGUUCUACGGAGAAUCUGUACAAAGAAGCUCGAACAGCCACAGGACAGACGGCUGAACGUCUGAGCGCUGAAGCAGGGAAGGAGGAAGAAAAGAUAAAACGUGGGUGGUUCUCGUGGCUGGGCGGGGGAAGUUCCAAGGCCGAAAAGGGGAAGGAGAAAAGCGAGUAG